AUGUGGGUCUUCACCGCGGAUGGAGCUCCCGUUGCUGCGAAGGAACAGGCGCUCAACUUGGCAAAGGCCGAGCAGCUGCAGCUAGCAGCAGCGGCAGCAGGCGUGGUACUAUCAGCAGCAGCAGCAGGCGUUGUGCCAGCAGCAGCAGCAGGCUCCUUUCUAGCAGCAACAGCAGCAACAGCAGCUGCAGCAGCAUCACAGCUGCUGUUAGAGCUAAAGUAUACACCUAGAGUUCCUCAUUGCUGCUUGAAGCUGCUGAAACUGCUGCUGCCUCCACAAGGAAGCUUUGCUGCUCUUUAA